UUGUUGCAGUCGAUGAAUAACAAUGCGAAUACAUACAGUAGCGGCGGAACCGGCUGGGACAUGUUCGGUGGCGGAAGCGGCUCGGGCUACGGUGGUCUGGGUAUGUAUGGUAGCGGAAUGGGCCUGGGCAUGUACGGUGGCUGGCCGUAUGGCGGCGGUGGUUAUUACGGUGGAUAUUACUAA